AUGGAAAUGAAAGAUGAUGACAAGGAUAUCUUAUCCCAAGAUAUCAUCACAGAAAUUCUCAAAAGGCUUCUUGUAAAAUCCCUCAUCCUAUUUCAAUCUGUUUGCAAACUUUGGAAAAAUCUCAUCCAAACCCCAUAUUUCAUCACAAACCACCUCCACCACUCAGCUCACAAUAAUCCUUCUCUUCUCCUUGUUGAUUCUUGGAACAGACCAAAAUAUCCACAUGUACUCCUACUUGAUUCCAAGAUAGAAAUCAUUGAUGUUCACAAGACACCUGUGUUCGAUAAUUCAUCAAGGGGUGAUGUCAAAUUUGUUGGCUCCUGCAAUGGCUUGCUUUGCCUGGCAUUUGAUCACUAUGACAAUGAAUCUUUUUCUGCUAUGGAACCCAGCAACUAG